UUGUUCCAUGUUAUGUCUCGCCAGUGAACGCUGUACAGUCGCAACGUGUACACUGUAGCUGGUAGACACGCCUCGCAAAACACACAGACAGCAGCUGGCUAGCUUAGCGGAGCUGUUAGCUUAGCGAAGUCAUGUCAACUUAGCGCGGAGCUUGCUAACUUCUGUUUGCAGGCAGACAGCUCAGCAGAUCCAGGGAGAGGAGCCUGUUUGCAUUCCAUUGCAGGUGCAAAACAAUGGAGGUGAAACUCGAUCAGCAAGACGAAGACAUCUCAUUCAGCAACACUGACACUAAUGGUAAACGCCCAGCUGAGGACAUGGACGAAGAGCAGGCCUUCAAACGUUCUCGCAACGCAGACGAGAUGGUGGAGCUGCGUGUGCUGCUUCAGAGCAAAAAUGCCGGUGCUGUUAUUGGAAAGGGUGGCAAGAACAUAAAAGCCCUACGCACAGACUACAAUGCCAGUGUAUCAGUCCCAGACAGCAGUGGCCCAGAGCGGAUCCUGAGUGUGAAUGCCAGCAUCGACACUAUUGGAGAGAUUCUGCUGAAAAUCAUACCAACUCUAGAGGAGUACCAGCAUUACAGUGGGAUUGAUUUUGACUCUGAGCUCCGCUUGCUGAUCCAUCAGAGUUUGGCAGGGGGCAUCAUCGGGGUAAAAGGUGCCAAGAUAAAGGAGCUGAGAGAGAACACCCAGACCACCAUCAAGCUGUUCCAGGAGUGCUGUCCACACUCCACUGACAGAGUUGUCUUGGUGGGAGGAAAGCCAGAACGUGUCAUUGAAUGUAUAAAAGUUAUCCUGGAGCUGGUGUCAGAGGCGCCAAUCAAAGGCCGUGCCCAGCCUUAUGACCCUAAUUUCUACGAUGAGACAUACGACUAUGGAGGUUUCACCAUGUUAUUCGAGGAGAGAGGCAGACGACCCAUUGGCGGCUUCCCCAUCCGUGUGCGCGGGGGCUUUGAGCGCAUGCCCCCGGUUCGUGGCAACAGACCCAUGCCUCCCUCCAGAAGGGAUUACGAUGACAUGAGCCCCCGUCGGGGUCCUCCACCACCGCUGAGCAGAGGUGGCCGAGGGGGCAGCCGAGCACGUAAUCUGCCUCUUCCCCCGCCACCACCACCAAGAGGAGGGGGAGACCGGUUCUCACAUGGCAGCUAUCAUGGCGGCAUGGACGACAGACCAAGUGACAGAAGAGGCCGAGGGGGAGACCGUUACGACAGCAUGAGUGGAGGCGGAUAUGACAACAAUUCUUCCUGGGAGCACUUUCAGUCUGGGGGUCGAGGCUCAUACAGUGAUAUCGGAGGCCCUGUCAUCACAACACAAGUCACCAUCCCAAAAGAUCUGGCUGGCUCCAUCAUUGGUAAGGGCGGCCAGAGGAUCAAGCAGAUCCGCCAUGAGUCCGGGGCAUCCAUCAAGAUUGAUGAACCACUAGAGGGCUCUGAGGACCGCAUCAUCACCAUCACAGGAACACAGGACCAGAUCCAGAACGCCCAGUAUCUGCUGCAGAACAGUGUGAGGCAGUACUCCGGCCGGUUCUUCUAGGGAAGAGGGAAGCGAAGAAGACGAGUGAAGCCAUGCUGCCAUACUGUUUCUUCCUUCUAUUCAGAGCCUACAUUCCUCUGCUUUGCCUCCUCCCCUCACGAUCACACACUACACCAUCUAUCUAUAAAACACAUUUUUUAUUUUUGAGGAGUUUUGAAAAAAAAAUCUUAAGCUGUCAAACAGCAAACAAGGAGUCAGCAACAUGUUUCUGUGCUGGUGUAGUUAUUUUUCAGGAGAUUCUUGUGCCGUCAUUGGAGUAAACUCAUCCGUGUGAUAACUUUUGGUGUUGUGAGCCACCCUGGGCCCUUAUCUCCCUCAUUUCAGUACAGCAUGCAGAAUGUAAUCUUUUUGUAAAGAACAUUAUGUGAGUUUCAGUUUGUUUUUCCCCCCUCUCAAACGUUUAAGCACACUCUCUAAAUGAAGAUGCAUGGUCUCAGAAUGGUUAAAAAAACAUUUAAAUAAGUUUUAAUUUUUACACAACAUCCAACAUCCCUUUCCUCUGGUAAGUGAAGUGCUUUUUGUAAGAUUGGCUUUAAUGGAGGAGUUUGACAUUUUGGGAAACGUGCUUACUUGCAUUCUAGUGGAGUGUUGGAUGAUAUGAUCAUGACCACUCUUAUGGCUGUAUGGUAAAUAUGAAGCAGCAGCCCGUUAGCUUAGCUUAGCAUAAAGACUGGAAACAGGGAAAACAUUUGGCAAGCUCUGUUAGAGGGCAACAUACUCCACCUACCAGCAACUGCAAAGCGAGUUAAUUAACAUGUUCAAAUGUAAAAACUUCAUUUUUUUUUUAGCAUUAUCUUCACUUCGGGAGUCUCUCCUUGUUGCUUGGCAACAUUAACUGGCCAAGAAAUAGACCAAAUCACCAUGACAUCUCGCUAACAGUCAGUUCAAAGUAGAACAACUAGCAGUAGAUUACAAUUGCAGAAAUAUGUAAAAUUGUGAAACUUGCCAAAAUGCCGUCAUUUUCAGCUGUUACGUUUAAAGAAGUAUUGUUAAACACGAUGGUCAGAGCUAUCUGAUGUUUCUGCUGUGCUCAUUUUAGGUAGUUUGUUGCUUUGGUAUCAUCUUUAAUAAAGCAAAUUCACCGGCACGGAAGCUAAGCAGUGUAUUUUACCCACCAAAAAAAAUGUAUGCCAGUGUAAGUGUACGCUAUAUUUUAAUAAUUGUUUCACUUUACUAUACACACUAACCAAUCGAUGCCAUGGUAGACCAACAACUUGGUGUUCUGCUGAGUUAAAUUACUAUUUUUGUCAAUGGAGUCUGGUGGCUUUAAUAUAACAGCUUCUGUUCCUAAAGCUAUGAGAAUAUUCUACAUAUAGCACACAUUUAAACUGAUGAUUGAUUUUUUUUGGUCUGCCUUUGGUUGGUGGCAACAAAACAAACUAAUUGAGGCAGAGUGUACCCCGCGCUGUUGGAUUUUUUUGUAGUGCCACAAGGAUUUUCUACCUGGAAGUUAUUGUAAAUAAACAUUGUGAUUCCAUCUAUGGUGGGACAAGCAACCCCCUGUAAAACGAUGAAUUGUCGUUUUUAUCUUUUUAUAGGAAUAAACAAAUGAUAUAUAAAGUGUUAAUUACAGAGCCUUUAAAGUGCCUGUACGGUAGAUGGACUUUGAAUAGUUCAGCAGAGCCAGGGUAGCUGUUUCCUCCCCAUUUCCAGUCUUUGUGCUAAGCUUAUGGCUGCUAGCAAUAACUGGACAGAUAUGAGAGCCCUAUAGUGUCAAUGUUUUUCUCUACUCUCAGUCAGAAAUUGGAUAAGAAGUCUCUCCCAAAAUGUCAUACUUAUGCUUUAAGUUUGAAAAAAUGUGCCAGUGUGAUAGAGCAAAAAGAUUUUUUUAAAAAAAGGUAUUUGUUUUUCAUAGAAAGACAAGGAGCUGUAUAAAGUGUGUGUAUAUAUUUAUAUAGAAACAGUAAUUUCAUGAGUGGUUAGGUUAGGCAGGCCCAGGAUACUUUCUACUUUCUCGGAAGGAUUUGGUGCCAUAAGACAGUUUUGGAAAUCUUUUUUUUUUUUUCUGUUUCUAUGGUUAUUUGAUUUUCUGCCACUCAUGACUCGCUGUAGUUCAGCCUUUAUAUCUGAUCUGUUUCAUCCAUUUAUUCUUGAAAGGUUUUUUUUUUUUUUUUUAAAUUUUGAGAGUUUGGACGCAUUUUUAAAGCUUCUUUUUCUUUUUUUGUUUGAAAGUUUAAGAUGCAGUGUCACAUGAGGAGCGUUCAGCUUUGUGAGUCCAUGAGUGGUGUUUUCUGUCAGGUCAUAUCUGUAUCUGUGUCUGAUAUCUGUAGUACCUGCAGGUGUUUAGUAAAUAAAGUCUGUGUCACAGUUCA